ACCCGAUCACUCCUACUGAUUCCUUCCCAAUCCUCCAUUCAGAGCGCGCAAAUCACACAAGCAGCUGAUCACACUAGGUUCUAGCUCGGGACGUUCCAAUCAAUGGCGUUGUCGAAGAGGCUCGCGGCGACGGCGCUGCUGGUGCUGCUCGCGCUGGCGGCGUCCGCGUCCGCCAAGACGACGCGGGAAGCAGCUGAGGCGGCCACGGCCAAGACGACGCCGGGCGGCGCGGAGGUGGCGCCGGGCAAGGAGGAAGAGUCGUGGACGGGGUGGGCCAAGGACAAGAUCUCCGAGGGCCUCGGCCUCGACAAGAUCUCCGAGGGGCUCAAGCUCAAGCACCACGCCGACGAGGAGGAGGCCGCGCGCAAGGCCGGGCACACCGUCAAGUCCGCCCGCGAGACCGUCCAGCACACCGCCUCCGAGACGGGGAGGCAGGCGAGCAGCAAGGCUUCGGACGCCAAGGAGGCGGCGGAGCAGGCGGCGACCGGGGCGGCCAACAAGGCGGGGCAGGCCAAGGACAAGACGGCGGAGACGGUGAAGGGCACGGCCGGCCAGGCGUCCAAGAAGGCGGAGCAGGCUAAGCACAAGACUAAGGAGACCGCGGAGGCGGCCGCCAAGACGGGCGCCGAGACGCACGAGCGGUCGAAGCAGGGCAAGGCCAAGGUGGAGGAGACGGCCAAGGAGAAGGCCGGACAGGGGUACGAGACGCUGAAGCAAACAAAGGACGCGGCCGCCGAGAAGGCCGGCGCCGCCAAGGACACGGCUGCGGAGAAGGCAGCAGCAGCCAAGGACACCGCGGCGGAGAAAGCAGGCGGCGCCACGCAGACGGCAGCGCAGAAGGCAGCAGCAGCCAAGGACGCCGCCGCGGAGAAGGCCGGAGACGCCACGCAGACGGCCGCGGAGAAGGCAGCCGCAGCCAAGGAUGCCGCCGGCGGCGCCACGCAGACGGCAGCGGAGAAGGCAGCGGCAGCGAAGGACGCCGCCGCGGAGAAGGCCGGGGCCGCCAAGCAGACAGCCGCGGAGAAGGCAGCAGCAGCCAAGGACGCCGCCGCCGGCGCCACGCAGACGGCCGCGGAGAAGGCAGCGGCAGCGAAGGACGCCGCCGCAGAGAAGGCCCGCGCCACGAAGGAUGCGGCCUGGGAGAAGACGGAGUCUACCAAAGACGCCACAUGGCAGGCGCAGGAGAAGCUGAAGCAAUACAACGACGCCGCCUCGGAGAAGGCCGCGAACGUCAAGGACGCCGCCGCGGAGAAGGCUGCGGCCGCCAAGGACGCCGCGUGGAAGAACGCUGAGGCGGCCAAGGGCACUGUCGGGCAGAAGGCAGGGGCGGCCAAGGACGCCACGUUGGAGAAGACGGCGUCGGCUAAGGACGUCGCGUGGGGGACGGCGGAGGCGGCCAAGGACACGGCCUGGGAGACAGCGGAGGCGGCCAAGGGGAAGGCCAACCAGGGGUACGAGAAGGUAAAGGAGAAGGUCGGGGAGGUGAAGGACAAAGUGACCGGCGCGGCAGCCGACGGCAAGGCGAAGAAGCACCGCAAGGACGACGAGCUGUGAAUGAGCACCAUCGUUCCGCAUUUCUUGCCAUGGCUCUUCUUCCAUGAAUGUUUUCAGUGUUCGCGCUAGUUUUUCUUAUGCUGUUUCUUUUUGUAUAAUAAUGUGAUCAUCUGUAGAGAACCCUUCACGAUCAAACAAGUUCCUUUUGAAAAAAUUGUUAGUCCUGAAUCUUUUUACAAAUUUGGUA